AUGGACAACGCACAACCAUCUCCGAAAGCUGUUGACGAUGGCCCGACCGGCCCCCAGCGCCUAUUGCAUCUCCCCAUGGAGCUGUUGGUGAAGAUUGCUAAUCAAACGCUGCCAGACAUUGAGAAUUUUGCCCUUACAUGCAGUCGACUUCGUGAGGCGGCCAGCCCAGCCCUGGAAGAACACCAUCAACUUCGCAACAGAUACCGAACAUUCUCUUCCGAAACCAACCAGAUGGCGACGGCUGUCGAUUUGCUGGCAAGGAUUGUACUGGUGCCCCCGAUUGCAUCCUACAUUGUUCACCUAGACCUGCGCGACAGCGACAGCGACAGCGACAGGGACAGCGACAGGGACAGAGGCAGCGACAGAGGCAGCGACAGAGACAGAGACAGCGACAGCGACAGCGACAGCGACAGCGACAGGGACAGCGACUUCCCUGAGCCAACAACGGAGUAUAUCCAACGAAGAACCGACGUGCUUGGACCCUUGGUGCGUAGGUCGGCGCAUCUCUCCCUGCUCAACCCUGGCGACAAAAAUCUUCAGGCGAACUGGCUGUACCGAAUUGUGCGAGGCGCGAAGCGGCACGUUUUCGAACCUGCCCGGAAAACCCAUUCAAUUUUAUUUCUCGCCUCUCUUCUCAUUAAUGUUGAGACACUCAUCCUGCCCGAGGACUGGUACUCUUCUGAUUCCUUUCCCACGAGGGAAGGGGACCCCAUCGCUGACCUGCUACCCCUUAUGGUCAAGAACGCCAACGAUGAGAGCUUAAAGAAUCAGCCUCUGCAAAAAUUGCGUAUUGUCGAAAGACAUCGUUCUCCGGAGAGUUCUCGUUACGCACCUGAGGCGAACAUUGAAUGUGUCUUUCCCUUCUUGGCUCUCGACUCCCUGCAGGAGCUCAACCUCAGCUACGGAGUCUGCCCGUCGCUUGAUCUGGCCCAGAAUACAGUUUCCCUUCCCCUCGGCCGCAAUCUAAAGGUUUUGAAGUUGCAAAACUUGGCCGUGGCUCACACAUCGGCCCUCUUCAAUGCCGUAGUCCGGUAUGACAGGGAGAUCGAGCGCGUACCCCGAACUGAGCCCGACGAUCGUAUGCGGGCUGAUGUAGUCCUUCGAACUUUGAUCAUGGGGUUCUCUAAAACUCUAGAGAAGCUGGUACUUACCGGGAUCGGCGACGGCUUAGGGUUUGAGGUUCUGGACUGCCCACUUUGGGAGUUUUCGCACUUGAAGCACUUGGAGCUAAGCACCGAAUUUAUCGACAACCUUUAUGAACUCAACGUCUCUGUGGAGGAUGCGCCAUGGCAUGCAAGGACGGAGGAGAGGUAUGGGCUGAAAAGAAACAAGAAAGAUUUCGAGGACGCCAGGCAAGUCACCCACAAUACGAAAACCUGGUGCCUGGUCGACGUGCUGCCUGAGUCGCUCGAGACACUCACCCUCCGCAUGCCCAUCACGCGCAUCGACCCGGCCUCGGUCUGCCAAUUCUUUGACGACUUCGAGAAGUUGAGGCGUCAGCGCCUGCCGAACCUCCACAGAAUCGAGGUAUGCAUCGUCAGGGAGGCUCGCGGUUCAGAGGAAGCCGACGAGCGCCACUUCGCUGUGUACAAAGAGUACCUUGGCGACAUUGGCGUGUCAGGCUCUGGUUAUCGUCUAUAG